AUGACUACAUCAACACCGCUGUUUGAAGGGGUUGAUGAAGAGUUCGAGCUGGCCGAUCGGAGACCAAAGAUCUCCACAAGACAGCUCUGGCAUGAACGUCUAGGACAUCCAGGUCGAGACAAGUCCAGAGCAAUUGUAGAUAAAUUGAAAGGCGAACCUGUAGCAGCAUUGGACCCAGAUACAGCUCUGAUAUGUGAGCAGUGUAUAUGGUCCAAAAGUACGGCCGCCCGGAUGGGGCGAGGCAGCGGCGAAACAGCCGCGGGGCCCCUAGAUCUCAUCCACAUCGAUCUGAUCAUAGACUCAUCCCGCAUGACAGAAUACACGUGCACAUUGGUGCUUGUCGACGACCAUAGCAAGUAUGUGCACGCACAGCCACUCUUACGAAAGAGUCACGCAUUCACGCAACUCAAAAGAAUAGUUUCGUUCCUAGAGACACAGACGGGCAGAAAGCUGAAAGCAAUCCGAUCUGAUCAAGGAACUGAGUGGAAGAGCAACGAAGCAUUGGAAUGGUCAUUAGAAAAGGGCAUAGAGUGGCAAACCACUGUCGGUUACAACAGCAGACAAAACGGACAAGUAGAACGGAUGAAUAGGAGCCUGGGUGAGAAAAUGCGAACGCUGUUGAUGCAAAGGAGUUUACCAAAGAGAUUUUGGCCGCACGCCAUACGAGCGGCGGCAUUCAAAAUCAAUCUUACUCCCAACGUUGACGGAGAGUUUCCAUAUCAGCUCAUGUUCAAGAGAUCACCAAAACGAUUCGUCAGUCUCAUGCGUGUAUUUGGAUGCUUAGCUUGGGUAAAUAUUCCAAAAGCUAAGCGAAACAACAAGAAGCUGGACCAACGAGCGGUUGCAGCCGUAUUCAUAGGGUACAGCUUAGAAAGAAAGGGAUGGCUAUUCUAUAGCCCUGAUUACUCUCCGAACGUUUUCUGGAGCAACUCGGCAAGGUUCAUGGAGACACAGUGCUGGUCAGACCGAUCAGAAUGGCGGCCAAUAAGUAUCCGACCUCCACCAGUCCCAACUAUUGAAGAGGACAUCGAUGAUCUGGGAUACACAGAGGAGAACCUAUUUGAUGAGAGGGAGCAAGAGCCUUUGGAAGAGCACGUGGACAUGGAACUAACUCUCGAAGAGGAAGGACUCGGAGGACCACAUUGUGACGAUGAGAACUCUAACGGGAUACCAGAGGAAAGGAGAACGACGAAUGAGAGGGAAGAGUAUGCACCGGUGCCACCCGAGGAGAGAGGCCCAUGGCCAAACUGGAGGCCAGCUAGAGACAUGCGCAACCCGGAGACCUGGGUAAAGAAGAGUUACUUCGGGUUGACGGCGGCUAAGGUCAAGGAAGGAAAGGACAGCCUGAACCCAACUGUCCACGAAGCGCUGGCCGGAAAGGAUAGGAGGUUCUGGGAAGAGGCAAUGCGCAAGGAACUGGAUGGGCUUGAAGCGAUGGGAACGUGGGAAACGACUGACCUACCGCGGGGUAUGAACACAGUCGACACACGAUGGGUACUCAAGAUCAAGACUGAUGCAAACCUCAUCCCCACAAAGUACAAAGCAAGAUUGGUAGCGCGAGGGUUUACACAAAGAGAGGGCUUAGACUACACAGAGAUAUUUGCGCCAGUGGCACCCAUCCAGGCAAUAAGGGGAGUGCUGGCCAUCGCAGCCGUACGGGACUGGGAGGUUGAUUCCAUCGAUGUCAAACAGGCUUACCUCAAUUCGAGCCUACGUCAUGAUGUUUACCUAAAGCCACCGGUAGGAACUAAGGUACCUCCAGGAAAGGUAUUGAAACUCAUAAAAGGGCUCUAUGGUCUAAAACAAUCAGGUCGGGAAUGGAAUAUCGAGCUAGAUACCCACCUCCGAAGUAUCGGCUUCCACUGCAUGCCGAGCGCCCCAUGCCUUUACUCAAGAGGAGCGGGCGACCAACUCACAGUCAUUACGGCAUAUGUGGAUGACAUGCUGAUAGCAUCGCCGUGCAGGAAAGAAGUCGACCGUACCAAAGCCGAGAUAAUGGACAAGUGGGGAACAGAGGACAACGGACCUGUAGGAGAAUUCCUAGGAAUCAAAAUCACUCGAGAGAGGAGACAAGGCAGGAUCACACUCGACUUAAGCGCAUACAUUAAAGGCAUGGUAAGUAAGUGGCUAGAGAGAACAAGUGAACGAACUUGGAUACCGAUGCAGAGUGUAGCAGGAGUCGCUGGAGGAAACAAGUGCAACCCAGAUCAGGCCAAACGAUACCAAGAGUUAGUGGGGCAACUUUUGUGGGUAUCCAACACAGUGAGGCCAGACAUUUCGUUCGCAGUAGGCGCUUUGGCACGAUACAUGUCAGAACCGAUCGACAGUGCUUGGAGUGCUGCGAUACACUUGUUAAAGUAUCUGAAUCAGACCAGCGAAUACCGCUUAAGUUUAGGGGGAGCACACAGGAGUCACGCAGACCAACCGGUGGUUACGUAUACCGACGCAAAUUGGGCUUCUGACCCUACAAAUGGGCGUAGGAGUACGUCCGGAGCGAUCACAUAUGUGUAUGGAUGUCCGGUUAGUUGGAAAUCACAUGUGCAGAAGUGCGUGGCAUUAUCGGCAGUGGAAGCAGAACUGGUCGCAGCCUCCGAAGCAGCAAGAGAAGCACUCUUCUUCUCACAUUUGCUCAGGGAUCUAGGAGUAUCCGGAGUUAAGCCAAUACUGCGCACCGAUAGCCAAGGGUGCAUACAGGUCAGUAAAGAUCCGGCCAAACACUGGAAGCUCAAACACAUCGAUACCAGAUAUUACUUUGUUAGGGAUCAUGUGCAAGAUGGUGACAUAUCAAUCGAGUUCGUCGGAACGGCCAACAAUGUCGCUGACAUACUCACGAAACCUCUCAAGGGACUCCACACGACAAGGAUAUCAAGAAUGAUAGGAUUGGACAUGCCGUUGAGGGGGGGAGUUGAAGAUGCACCGGCAUCGCCAACGCGUGAUGCAUUAGAUGGGAGUUCACAGGAUCGGGAAAUCGGGAAGGUAUCAGGCGAUGAAGAGGACGAGCAGAAUGCGAAGCUAGUGGGAGCUAAUGCAGCGUAUGCACGAGGAUUAACGCCAUGGUAUGCAGGGGAUGUGUUGACAUGA